CAGUUUCGCCCAGGUGCGGGGGGAGGGGACGGCAGCGGCGGUGGUUUAACAGCGGGAGGAGGAGCCGGGGCCGCCCCUGCAGGUGUAACCGGAGCCGGGAGGGCGCGGCGCAGCCACCACCACCUGCGGAACCUGUCGAGCGGCUCACUUCGGCUCCGCGCCGCGCACCCAGCGUCCCGGCUCCUCCGCCCGCCUUUCGCAGGGCUCUUCCCCGGCCUCUCCGCGCCCCAUCGCCGGCCCCAGCCAUGAAGCCGCACUGCGGGGCAGCGCUGCUGCUGCUGCUCUGCGCCGCCGCCUGCGCCCAGGACCCCUGCAUCUGCCGGAACAACAAGCGGGUGACCGGCUGUCGGAUGACCAGCAGCGGCUGCCAGUGCGAAGCGGCCGGCUCCGGCGUGCCCGUGGACUGCAACACCCUGACUUCGAAAUGUUUGUUGAUGAAAGCAGAAAUGGCACACUCAAAAGCCGGUCGUCGUGAGAAACCAAAAGAUGCAUUUGAAGAUACUGACGGCCUUUAUGAUCCAGAGUGUGAAAAUACUGGUGUUUUCAAGGCAAAGCAGUGCAAUGGAACCACCUGUUGGUGUGUGAAUACAGCCGGUGUUAGAAGAACAGACAAACAUGAUGCAGACUUGAAGUGCAAUCAGUUAGUCAGAACAAUGUGGAUCAUCAUUGAAAUGAAACAUGCUGAGAGAAGCUCUCCUCUGAACACUGAAUCUUUAAAUAAGUUCUUCAGGGAUACACUUACCAGUCGUUAUAUGCUGAAUGGACGUUAUAUAAGUAGUGUUCUGUAUGAAAAACCUUACAUUACUAUUGAUUUGAAGCAAAAUUCUUCAGACAAAUCUCCUGGAGAUGUGGAUAUAGCUGAUGUGGCCUACUACUUUGAAAAAGAUGUAAAAGGUGACCCCAUCUUCCAUGGUGAUAAUGAACUAGAUAUCAGCUUUGACAAUGAAAAGCUGAAAUUGGAGAAGACAGUUGUCUACUAUGUUGAUGAGAUUGCACCCGAGUUUUCCAUGAAGUCUCUGACGCCUGGCCUUAUUGCUGUCAUUGUAGUAAUAGUAAUAGCAAUAGUUGCUGCAAUUGUUCUUUUGGUCCUCACAAGAAGAAGGAAAGGGAAGUAUGUGAAAGCAGAGGUAAAGGAGAUGAAUGAAAUGCAUAGAGGGCUGAACGCAUAAUUAAAUUGAUGAAGACAGAGUAAGCUUCUAAAGAGAAGACAGCAAAAACACUGGUGGCAUGGAUCUUGACUCUUGCAAGAUUCCUCCUGAAAGGGAGGCAAUUGUGCUCACUAAAUGAUUGCUAAAACUCUUAAACCCCAAGACUGGUGACCAUGCCAUUACUUUUACUAUUUGUUGAGAGUUAAAUGCCCCCUUGCUCAAGUCAAACUUAACUAUUGCUCCCUGAUUUUUUUUGAUGAUGAUGAAAUGAGUUGACAACUGCUGUUACUAGAGUUUUGGAGCAUACAUACUUAAAUGGUUAUUUUACCCUUGUGGGAGUUUUAUUGAAAAUAAUGGUUUUUGUAGCCGUGCUGUAAUGAGACUGUCUCCUGUGUAACUGAACAUGAUGUUUUUAUGGCUGUUUGUACAUAUUUUGAACUUGCUGUAACUUUUUUUAUGACUUGAAUUAAUAAAACUUUGAAAUGGGCUUUUAAUUCUUCAAUAUUGAAAUGAUGAUCUGCUAAGUUAUGCUUACAGAUUCAGCAGUGUAAUAUUCCUUAAAGCAAGUAACCUCAGCACAGGUGAAAAUAUCCUGGAACUCAAAUGAACAGUUUGUAUUGGCUUUCUAAUAUCUCAAUAACGUGAUUUUUUUUUUCUUAAAAGCUGUGAAAAGGAUGCUUUAUCCUAUUUUUCACUUUUAAUGUGCAACGGGAGUAAAAUAAAGUAUGGAUUGUUUGUACAAAAAAUAAA